AUGUCAUCCACGGCUUGGUCUGCGACGCCGAUGCCCCCUGGCCUGGCCGACGGAUUCCAGCCCCUUGCGGCCCUGCUCGCCGGGGUAGUGAUCUGGCGAGAUCCGCGCGCCGAUCGAUGGCGUGCCCUGGCGGCCUGGCGAGCGGGUGGUACCGGGGUGCGGCUGGGUCCGCUCCCAGCCCUGUGUGUCCGGGGCGCCGGAUCGGAGGCUGUCAGCGUAAUCGGUGGGUCCAGUUGCUUGGGCACACGCCCGGGCAGCGGGCCGGGAAUGGUGGCCACAGCGGGUCGGCGAUCGGCAGGGGGUGGGCCUGGUGGAAGUCCUGGGGGGGUCUUCGUGGCGUGGUGGUGGAACUGGCUGUCUCCCGACGGUGUUGCCCUUGAACGUGCUGUGCCACACUGA